CGAGACGAACUUCCAUUCGUUGUCGGAGUUACGCAAGCAAUCGUGAACACUUCCACUUGUCGUCGCUGGACUUUGAGUGAAAAUCUCGUGAACAAUGUUGCGAUUUGUGGGAAGACAAGUAAACGGCAUCGUUAGGAAUUCAAUAAUUCCGCGUGCUCUCCCGGCGACUCAAAACCUUCGUACGUCGCACGAUGGACCGGUAGAAACUGAGGAGGAAUUCAACGAUCGAUACGUGCAAUAUCUGAGUCGUUCAGACGUCGACGGAUGGGAAAUUCGUCAAGUCUUUAAUAAACUGGCUGGUAUGGACCUGGUGCCCGAUCCCAGCAUUAUCUGCGCAGGAAUGAGAGCCUGCAGACGCGUAAACGAUUUUGCCUUGGCUGUUAGGAUUUUGGAAACUGUGAAGGACAAGUGUGGGUCUAAUGUGAAGGAGAUCUAUCCAUACAUUCUGCAAGAGAUCAGGCCCACUUUGGACGAACUAGGUAUCAAUACGCUCGAAGAACUUGGCUAUGACAAACCCGAACUAGCACUUCAAUCGAUCGAUGAGAUACAUUAAGCUAUUAGACUAGAUACAUUAGUAUUUAUGUGUAGGAAGGUGCUUUCUAUUAGAUUUUUCGCGAAUAAAUAUAGAAUCAAUUUUUGAAUCAAGGCAAAAUAGUACCUAUUAUCAUUACACGUGUUGUACGUUCAUUUGAAUAAAUAUUUGUAACGCGACACUGUCGCACCUUCUUCAUGUACAAAAUACAUUUUCGAUAUUGAAA